CCCCCCCUGGCAUCCACCGCAAGGAAGCAGCAGCCGCAGCAAUGUUCACUGACCUCAAGCUGCCACCGCGGCAGACCAGUGGCGACGACUCGACGGACAACGAGAGCGCAUCGCAGGCGCCGACACGCCGUUCCACCGACACUGCCGCCAUCGCGGCUGAGCGCUCCAAGAAGGGGUUCGACGCGGUGAGGCUCUCGUCAGCGCUCUCCGAGGCGUCUCAGGGCAGGGAGGGGCGGCGCAGCCUCGCCCUCUCGUGCUCACUGACGACCGCCGAGCGCGCCGACCUGCACACCCUCUUCUCCCUCCUCGCGGCCCGCUGCGGGUGCGCUCUCCUGUUUGCGGGUCCGCCCGCGCUGCCGGCGGACAGCGAGGCCGCGGCGGCGGCGGAGAAGGAGCGGGAGCGUGAGUCGCAGAGCGAGGUGAUUAUCUCGCGCGCCGAGUUCAUCAGCGCCUUUGCGACUCCGCAGAACUCCGCCCUCAUCCACCGCAUCUAUGCGAUGCUCGCGGCGGACUCGCGCCGCGCCGGCGAGGAGGAGGGCGAAGGCGGCGUCGGGUUUGAAAGCUUCGCGGCGGGGCUGGCGCCGGUGGUGGCGGCGGACGCGACGCGGCGCGACCGCCUCCGCUUCCUCUUCGACGCGUGCGACCUCGACGGCUCUGGGCACGUCACGCCGGACGAGCUCCACGUGCUGCUGCACCACGCGUGCGGCGUCCCGGCCGAGUGUGUGGAGGCGGUCGUGGAGGCGACGAUCCGCAGGCUCGACGCGGACGGCGACGGGCUCAUCUGCUGGGGCGAGUUCGAGGAGUACUACGCGAGCCGGCCGGACGAGCUGCGCCAGCUGACUGCACACCUCGGCCUGUCUGUCAACCGGAUCACCGCGAGGCUGGUGAUGUCGCUCGACGCCGCGGGCCUAGCGCCUCCUCCCGGCCCGCGCGCACCGGGGGACACGUCUCGCGUGGUGCCCGUCCUGUCGGCGAGCGUACGCGUAGACCCUCUCGCAGACUACUCGCUCCGCCGCUCCGCCGCCGAGCUGCGCGAGGGCUCCGACCCGAUCGCCAUGCGUGCGGACCAGCCCCCGCCGUUCCACGCACGGGACACUGACUUCUUCGGCGGCGCGGGCGAGCGCCCUUCCUCGCCGCCCCGGCCUGCCUGCGUGCUCGAGGCGCGGCUCCAGCUCGCCUCCAAGGGCGAGCUGCGCGAGGUGGACACGCACCGCACGCCGCGAGGACAGCAGGCGAGGAACGGCCGCGAGGCCGCGCGCGGGCCGCUCCCCUCGUUGACUGCUCCCGGCGAAGCGAAGCCGCGCGCCGGCGUGCCGGCAAGGGCGCAGCAGGCGGGCUCUCCCUCGCCCGCCGCCGCACGGGGCGGCCGCGACAGCACCCGGCCGGCGGUUGCGCGGGGGCUGUCGACGAUCGCGUCGCUGCUCACGUCGACGGGACGGCGCACGCAGACCGACCAGUAAGCGCCGCUCCGCCGCACCAACAGGCAACAGCGCACGCAGACCGACCAGUAAGCGCGGCACGCCAGGAAGCAGCAUGGCACGCGCACGCACAUGGACUCUUCGGCCGGCUCUCUCUCCUUCUCUCUCCCCGCUCUCUGCUUCCCUCUCUGCCCUCGCGAACUGCGGUUCUCGCCGAAUCCCCAGCGGGCAGCUCCCGCAGCGGCUCGGCGACACGCCCGACAGCUGACACAGCUGCAGCGCCCGCGCGUCGCCGUCGGCAGGCCCGCACAGGCACACCCGCCGCAGCGCACCUUCACCGGACUCGCCACCGACGUACCGACAAUUGUGUUGUCGUGUUGAUUUAUUCGCCCCGCGGUCUGUUGGCUCUGUUGACUGGUUGAUUAUUAACGGCAUGUCGGCACAACGACACUGCAGAC